UUAAGAGCAUUCGCGAAAGUCUGGCGAAGGUCAGACUACCACCGGACUUGGUGGUCGGUGAUUCAAGAGCAGGCGUCAGCAAGGCUGACUGGCCGAAGUUCCAGGUCAUUCAGAAGUGUGCGCGGUAUCAGGAGACCGUAUUGAAACUGCUCUCUCAGUGUACAAGCAGAGAGCCCGUCCUCUCUGAACUAUCGACUAUAGCUAUCGCACAACUCCGGUACCUGCAAGAAGAGUACACCAACCUGCUGGUGGCGAACCAGUUUGAUGACGGGACGACCAGGCUGUUCCAGACGCUGCAGCAGAACCCGGCAGCUUUCACGCCGGGGGCGCUGGAAAAUCUGCAGCGAGCCGUGUCCAUCGCCGGAGCGCGACACAACCGGCAGGUCAGUGGCUCUGGAAGGUUCCGCGGGCGGGGCUCAUUCUUCCCGUUCGCUUCUGGCGGUCCGGGCAGAGGCUACCGCCUGGACGCGGCGGGUCAGCGACCCGGCGGCGGCGCGGCGGGCUCGGGCUCCGGAUCAGCUGACUGGAGGUUCCGCCGCGGGCGGUUCGGGUACGCACCCGGGCCUCGUGACCUGGCCGCCCGAGCGCAGCAGCCGGAUGACGUCACAGGGACAUUCUCAGCUGAGUAAACCAUCACGAUGUCUUGGGACGAGGCAAUGCCGUGGUCGCCCGAGGCCAGAGAGGAUCUGGCGUGGUGGCUUACAUCGCUGGACGGGUGGAACGGCCGGCUGCUGGUGCCGCCGGCCAGCUGCGACUUGCAGCUCUCCACCGACGCGUCCGAGACUGGCUGGGGAGCGACACUUUCCACCCCGGUCGCUCAAACCGCCUCGGGUUUCUGGCGGCCAGAGGUGAGCGCAGAAACGUCCAAUUUUCGCGAGUUACUAGCUGUUUAUUUUGCCUUACUGUCAUUUUGUUCUACGCUUCGUGGCAAAACCGUCGAGAUAUUGUCCGAUAAUAUCACGGUAGUCGCGCUCAUUAACAAGCUUGGGUCAGCUGAUCGUCGCCUGGACGCCAUCGCUCAGAAUAUUUGGGAGUUUGCUUUUGAGCAUCAGGUCAUGCUGGUUGCGCACCACAUUGCAGGAUAUUUAAAUGUAGACCCCGAUGAGCUGUCACGUAUUCCGCUGCGUCACGAGUGGACACUCCAUCCGGCUGUGUUCCAGCAGUUGGAGCGCAUGUUCGGCCCGCACACGAUCGACCGGUUCGCCUCCCUGUCUACGGCGUUGCUACCGGUCUACAACAGCCGCUUCAGGGACCCCGGUACCGCUGGUGUGGACGCUCUGGGUCAGAACGAUUGGCAACAGCACAACAACUUCAUAAACCCGCCCUUCCGGCUGGUCGCACGUGUGCUGGACGCGGUGCAGGCGCAGCGUGCCGAGGCCACGCUGAUUGCCCCGAUGUGGCCAGGCCAGCCAUGGAUGGAGCGGCUGCGGCGGCUCAGCGUCUGCCCGCCGCUGCGGCUGCCGCCUGUGACGCAGGCCUGUAUUCCACUGCUACCGCACCAGCAGAUAGAGCCGCACCGCAACAGACGGUGGACUCUGUUCGCCUGGCGGAUCUCUGGAGAGCCCGGUUAGAGGCGCUCGGCUGGUCUCCUGCUGCACGUGAGCAGUUCCCUCUGUGUUUGGCUCAUUCCACUCACGCGAAUUAUGACAGGUACAUCUGUAAGUUUAAGGAAUUUUGUAGAAUACGUGAAUUGAUUUUUCCACCGGUAGAUGGCGCGGUAGUGGCUGAUUUCCUGGUAGGCGAGUGCAGUGUGUCUGACAGACCCCACUCUACGUUACGCUGCAUGUCAGCAGCCUUGGCUGCACUGUACGAGGUGAUGGGAGUAGCCAACCCACUCCACGAUCCCCUUCUCGUGCGUCUGUCUCAGGCCAUUGUGAAAAGCGGCACACGGGCACCCAUGACACGGUCGUCCGUGAUGGAUGUAUCAGCCUUUGUUCGUCUGUUUGAGUCGUGGGCUGUGAACGAGUCGCUACCGUUGAAGUUGCUCCGGUUGAAGGCGAUAUGUCUGCUAGCUAUCGCGCUGAUGUUGCGGCCCUCAGAUAUUGCCCCCCUGUCGAUGAGGUUCGAUGCAGGCUCGGGGGUAACGUCGCCGUUUGUGCUGUCCACUGAUCAGCUUCAGUUCCGUUCAGAUGGUACCCUGGCAGGUUACCUUUCUGGGGAUAAAGAACGACAAUACAUGUACGGCUGGCGGCGAAUGUCUGUAACGUUGGUUUUAAGAAAAUGCCGUAUACGUUUGUAUUAAAGCCGAUUUAGUUGUUAACCAAGCUGCCCUAGCUUUGACCAGAUUGCGAACUCGUACAAUGUGGUUCAACAAGCUGGGCGUGGAUGAUCGGCGAUCGCCAUCGCGCUCAGCUCUCGUGUGUGCCUACUGCCUGGACAUUUCAAAUUACCUUCUGCUUUGACCCCCUCCCCCACCCACUCACUCAAGCCCGGCAUUGAGCCCAACGAGACUAUCUCUUCAACGCAUUAUCUUAGCUGGUUUCGGCACUGAGUCUUGUCAGCUCAGGCAUGCCGUCAGCCCCCCAGGGGCCAAAAAUUGAGCCACACGCCCGGCCCACGCACUUUGAAAUUCGCAUCGGUAAUAACAAUUCUUUUCUCCAUGCAGGUUGUGCUGGACAACAUGCUUCGUCUCGCACCAGCGGCACAAGGUGGCAAUGUUAUGACUGAUCUGGAGCGAGGAGCGAUGAACGCGCUGCAAAAAGCGUUCCCGGCCAAGAACAUGACGACCUGCCACUUCAACCUGAGCAAGGCGCUGUACGGCAAGGUCGUAGAUCUGGGACUGAGGUAAGUUAUCUAGAGUUGAAUAGCAACUGUGUGGAGGAAGGCACAAGCAACGUGUGAGCCAGUGCACGAGAUCCUAGUCACUGCGGAACGCCAAUUGUCUGCUGCCGCGCUGUCGGUGUCCCCGCGUGCAGCCGAUCUGGCCCGGAAUCUUCGCAAGUACCGCCAAGCAGAGAUAGGCGCUCAUGCGGACCCCGUCACAGCAGAAGACGUCGAGGUGCGUGAGGACCAAAGAAAAACCGUCGCAAGAGUGGGAUGGCCUGAGGAAUGGUUCCUUCUGUCUGCACGACAGCCGGGAGAAGAUGUUCGCGGGCGGAAGGGUGCUUGUUUUCGACACGGACCACUCUCUCGCCGAUCUGGCGAUGAGCGCAAGCUGGUACGGUGAUGGAACUUUGAAAAGUGUCCUGAAAGUGUUCGCACAGCUGUAUUCAAUUCACUGUGAGCGCUACGGCCUAAUUUUCCCGGCGGUAUUCAUUUUGCUGCCAAGCAAGGAGCAGGCUGUCUACGAGCACGCAUUUGAGGUAUGUAACGCUUCUUGAUGAAAUGA